AAAACUGCAUUGUCGAUAAGUCUUGAGAUUUUUUUUCGUGUGUGAGUAUGUAAAAAGUGUCAAAAAAGUUAGAAAAAAGAACUAAAUUUCAUCAAAAAAUAAAUUCUCAUUUCUUCAAAUUACGUAAAUCAAAUAAAGUAAAGUUAACUAAUUAAGGUGAAUCGGUUGCACAGAGGCCCCAGUGAACGAAGAACGGAUGUGUUUUCUCGGCAAAAAGUUUUCCAUAAUGACAGAAAUUGUUGUGCGCAAAUUCUAAAAAAUGGUGCGGUUCUCCGUGUUGGUAAAAGACAAUAAACGAAAUUAAUUAAAUCCCAUUUUUUUUACAAUGAAAACUAAGUUUCAACAAUAAAAAAAGUGUCGAAAAAGUACCCAGCAAUUACCAAUAAACAUUGACAUCAAUUUUGAAGUGAAGCUUUCACUCUAUGAUUUGUCAUAGGGAUUGUUUAAAAGACUCUAUUUCUACAUGUUCAAUAUAUGGUAGACUACCUAAAUAGCUGCCACAUUUCGUCUCUGCUCGACUUUAAAAAACUGAUUUUGAGACUUCCUGUUUUAUAUGUGAGACACUAAAUCAAGAAAAAAAAAGCUCCGAUAAGCACACAAACUGUGAAAGGUAAAUAAUUUACUCAAUUCGUUUACAUUAUAUACUUUUGUAUAAUACACAGCCAGUCUCUUAUUUCUAAGGUCUUUGGUUGCCGGAUUGUCCUGCAGGACAAACACAACGUGUCACAUCCAAUCUACACUCGUCCAGUGGUACCAUGGCAGUGAGCAGAGUACCUUCGCCACCAUUACCCGAAGUGAAUACGCCCGUUGCGGAAAAUUGGUGUUAUACCCAGGUCAAAGUUGUUAAAUUCAGUUACAUGUGGACGAUAAACAAUUUCAGUUUUUGUCGCGAAGAAAUGGGAGAAGUAUUAAAAUCAUCAACAUUUUCAGCUGGUGCUAAUGAUAAAUUGAAAUGGUGUUUGCGUGUUAAUCCAAAAGGUCUUGACGAAGAAAGCAAAGACUACCUGUCGUUAUAUCUUCUCCUAGUGUCGUGUAAUAAAUCAGAAGUUAGAGCUAAAUUCAAAUUCUCAAUUUUAAAUGCAAAACGAGAAGAAACCAAAGCAAUGGAAUCACAAAGAGCAUAUCGCUUUGUGCAAGGAAAGGAUUGGGGCUUCAAGAAAUUCAUUCGACGAGACUUUCUUUUGGAUGAAGCGAAUGGCUUAUUGCCUGAAGACAAAUUAACAAUAUUUUGUGAAGUUAGUGUUGUAGCUGAUAGUGUUAAUAUAUCCGGACAAAGUAAUAUUGUACAAUUCAAAGUUCCUGAAUGUAAAUUAUCAGAGGACUUAGGAAAUUUAUUUGAUAAUGAACGAUUUAGUGAUAUAACAUUGGCGGUUGACGGCCGAGAAUAUCAAGCACACAAAGCUAUUUUAGCAGCUCGAAGUCCUGUCUUUGCUGCAAUGUUCGAGCACGAAAUGGAAGAGCGGAAACAGAAUAGAGUAGCCAUAGUCGAUGUCGACCAUGAAGUCUUGAAGGAAAUGCUGCGAUUUAUUUAUACAGGAAAAGCACCAAACCUGGAGAAAAUGGCCGACGAUCUGCUAGCAGCCGCCGAUAAGUAUGCUUUAGAAAAAUUAAAAGUGAUGUGUGAAGAAGCGCUCUGUGUUAACUUAUCGGUGGAAACGGCUGCUGACACAUUAAUCCUAGCUGAUCUCCACAGUGCAGAUCAAUUGAAAGCACAAACAAUUGAAUUCAUCAACACUCAUCCUACUGAUGUUAUGGACACCGCUGGUUGGAAAAACAUGAUCGCCAGUCAUCCGCAUCUCAUAGCUGAGGCAUUUCGUGCCCUAGCGACACAACAAACCCCACCAAUUGGACCACCGCGCAAGCGCGUCAAAAUAAGCUGAAACAAAUUUUUAACAUUAUCAAACGUGAUGUUGCCGUUGCCCGUGCGACCACCACCGCCAUCAAUGGGCUGUUCCAAUCUAAAUAAUAAUUUAAACAAUAACAUUAAUAACACAAAUACAUUAAUAAUCAAUAAUUUACCAAUUGUUUCUGCAAAUUUCGGACUAAAUGAUGAUACUAGAGCUUCGUUAGUUUCGGUUGAUUUAUUUUAAUAAAGAAAUGGAAAACGAAACUUAAACAAACGGCUCUCCAACAUGAAAUGUUGUUGUAGGAUUUUAUUAAUUUGUAAAUUGUGUGUCUGUCUGUGUAGAAGUUUGAUGAAGGACCGACAUUUUCGGUCUCAAAACAAGUACAGUACACCAUAAUCGUUCUAUUAUCGCCUAUCAAAAUUUUUGUUCUGUAAAUUUCAUUUCAUUUCAACUUUUGAUUUUCGAACCUAAAACUAUCAAUUAGUCAGCGUGUGAUGCUUACUUCGUAAAACAAACUUAAAAUAAGAAAAAUAAAGAAAAAUAAGAAAAAGAAACCCAAGAAGAAAAUUGAAACAUAAGAAUUGAAUUAAACAAAAAUUAUUUCAUUUCUUUUAUAAAUUCUCGUGUAAAACUUAUGUAUUUUUCAUUUAUCGAUUAUGUAAACGUGUGUUCAUAUAUUUCUAAAAAGCAAAAAAUAAUAAAAAAAACACAAAGAUUAUUAAUGUGAAAAUCCAAUAAUGAAAUGUAAACAAAACAAAAAAAAAAAAAAGAAUUUAAUUUCAAACAAGUGAAAAGUGAUAAUUCGACCCGCACGAAAAUAUUUAACUGGUCAAAAUUGGGUGUUGUUGUUUCGUUUUUUUUAUGUGAAACACAUAAACUGUCGGAAAACCAUUCCACACAAAAAGGUUGUCUCGAACCGCAACAAAAGAAAUGACUUUAAUCUGAUACCGAGGCUCAAAACGGUAACACAAAACACAGUAAACGCUUAGGGUGGGUCGAAUUUUACAUUUUAUUUUAUUUCAAAAUGCGCCUGAUCGCCGCUUGCAUUCAGGAUGGUCCAGAGAAUCUUUUACGGAAGAAACUGUUUUUUAUAUAUUUUUCCCUUGCCUCAAGAACAAUUUUGAUUUCCAGUGUCGUAGAGCGAUUCGGAAUCAGUCGAGUAUUUUUGACAUGUCACUCGCGCCUAUUCAUCUGUUAUCGAUAACGACGAGAAAAAUAAUGACAAGCUCUGGGUAAUAUCGUCCUUUGUGUAGCUAAAUGCAUGUUAAAAAAAUUAAAGUACUAGAUUUGAAAAUUUCAAAUUGAAAUCAAUCCAUUAAAAAUCCUUUGAUCGAUGAUAGUAAUGGACCCGAUAAUAAUACUGGUCAUUAUGCUUGCCUUCUGUAACAGGUUAGAGCAAUUUCAAGAAACUUACCUGCCUAAGAUUCUCUAUGAGAUUAUACUGAACUCAAUUCGGUUAGCUCGAUUGUUUCUGUAAGUUCCACACUUCCAUCAAUAAAUUACACACUUGUAUGCUGGGUAUGUUAAACCAGUUGUCGCGCCCUACACGUGCUCAUAGAAAAACAGUAAGCCCGAAUGUCAACGCGAAUCGUAUUAACAUGUAACAAUGUAGAACGAGCGGGACGAAGGAAACAAGAAGUCGCUUAAAAAUUGUGAUGGUUGUACAUUUUCCGGCAUAGCACAGACAUCCUUUAGAUGUCAUGAUUUGCCGACUGGAUCCAAAAGUCGAAAUUAUUUUACGAACAUUCAUGGUCAAAACUCACUGACAAACUGACAUACACUGUCCGAAUGGAGACCUCGACCUCCAACAUGCUACCGUCAGUUUAAAGCUACAUUAUUCAGCUAUUGACUCUAGUCAAUAUAGUAAUGCUACACCUCACGCAUGUCAGGGAAAUCAUUGAGCGAUACGUACAGUCAGAGGCAGUGAAUUUUCAGCAUAAAGCUUCAGCUGUUUUUCUACAUAUUCAAUCAGAACUUUUUAUACGGUUGAGGCUGCCAAACGCACGCGCGCGGUAGUGAUACAACCGUAUAAAGAUGCAGUAAGAGUUUUGAUUGUUUUUCUGGAUCAGCUGAAGCAAAUUCAUGCUGAAAUUUCAAAAUGAAAAAAAAUGUUUCUUCCGAAAAAAUGAUUCUCUGGACCAUCCUGAAUGCAAGCGGGUCAGGCAUAAAAUAUUUAAAUGUAAAAUUCGACCCACCCUAGCGACUAUUCAGAUCUGGUAAUUUCAGUUAAUUUUUUUACAAUUGGUUGCUUCCGCACUUUGUUUCUUUCUGUGUCAGUUUAUUUAAUGAACAUCAUUUGUGUCUGUCAUUUCCAAUAGCAACGCCAUUUAGAUUUAAACAAAAACAGAAAAGGAGAAAAUUUCGCUCUUUUAUUAAAUCUGCAGAGCCAUUUCUCAUGAUUAUUGUGUUUCCGAUUAAAUUUUCUUUUCAUUUUAUAUUCAUCACUAGAGAUGGUUUCUUCAGUGGAAGUGAACAAUCCAAUAUUCGUUUUUAAUUCGACUAAAACAUUCAACCGAUGUUCUUCUUCUUGUUGAAAGAGUUUUUCACUAGACUCUUUAAAUAUGUGGUGAACAGCAAAACUUCUCUUCGCUAAGGAGUUUUGAACAAUAUGUAUACUCAAAGCCUAGAAAUAAGAAAUUAUCCACACUUGUCAUCAAAUGCUCUAAAUAUCAGCUGCAAUGCCCGGUGGCAUAUCAGUUUCCAUAUUUUUCGUCGGUUGUUUGUUUACUAUCGUUCAUGGUUGGCCGCACUACUUUGUGCACUCGUACUUCUUUGGCAAAAUUCGGUUAUUUGGAGUGAAAAUUUCAUGUUACAUUCAUAGGUGAACUUGUUCAUUAGACCUCAAAGAACAUCUUGUUUCAAGACGUCGUCUCGAAAAAAUCGUUUACGAGGUAGAAGAAUCGAGCGCCACUCAAAGAUCUGAAAUUCUGUGCUAGAUCGUCUCAGAAUAAAUUGUUCCUUGAUUUCUAGGGAACAACUUUGUCCUUGAAUGUCAUAUAAAUUUUCGUCCCCAUUUAACGAGAUAUUGAGUAGCGCAAGACCCAACCUUGCUUUCGUCAUUAACAAGAAUAAUCGUUUCGAUGACGUCGACAACACCAUUUUGAGACUUAUACAACAAUCGAACAACACACCGUUAAUAAUCUCGACUCGACGCUACUUCCUAAUAUAUUCGGCUAUUAUCAACAAGAAAGAAUUUCAUGCGGGUCAACUAUUAGCUGACAAGAUCGUCGUCUACAUACUUUUUCCUGUUGAUUUUUUUAAGUUAUAAAAGUAAUAAUAAU